AUGAAUGACAUUAUAUUAAACAACCUGGACAAGCUGCUGCUACAACUUGUAUUUCAGCUUCAGCAAGCAUCUUAUGCUAAGGAACAUGAGAGACAGCAGAUUCAGAUAUAUACUGCAAAAGUUGUGGAGAAAAAAAGUGAAAUCUGUCAGCUACAAGAAGAUAUUAACAAAAAUGAUGAAAUGGUUAGUAACCUGAGCAAGCAAAACAAUAGCAGUAAGGAGAACUGUAAGGCUUGGAAACCAACAUACAUAAUUCUUAAUGAACAUGAAAAAUAUUUACAAAAAGAACUUGAGAAACAUCAGGAAUCUACAGAAAAAGACAGGAAAAUGUACCAGGAGUAUAUGAAGCAGUAUCAAGAAACUUUCAAUCAGCAUCAGGCAAAGUAUUCAGAAAAUGUAAUUGCCCAGGAAUAUUAUGAGGAGAAAAAAAAUUGUGAAGAAAUCCAAAACCGAGUUCUGAAACUAUCUGAACUACUUAAACAGAAAGAAGCUGAAAUCAAAGAUCUUCAAGAACCUGGUCUGUUUCAGUCACUUUCAUCCUGGGGGUCACAGAUCGCUUCUUUGAGACAGAACACAAAAGAAACGCUUAUGCAUGCAGUGGUUCUCAGGCAACAAUCACUUGAACUAGACAAAACAGCAGAAGAGCUGGAAAAGAACCUGAAGUAUUUCAAACAGAAACUUGAAAAGAUUACAGAAGAUCAGGAUAAUCCUGAAGUUCAGAAUCAUCAUGAAGCAAUAGAAGAAGAAAUGGCAACAAGUAUAGAAACAGAGAAGACAUUUGAUGAGAGCUCACUCAGCAAAAGCCAUCACUUGAUAAACAAGAAACCUGAGACAUAUAAGCUAUUGCAUCUUCCCAACUUAUCUCAGAAACUAGUCCAAAGUGUAUCAACUUUGAAGCCAUUGUUUGAUCACACAGAGAAAUGUGCAGGUGAGGGGGAGAGAGCAGAUCCUGCAGAACAUUCUACAGUGGCCAGUAUGUACUUCAGCCAGGUGGAAAAUGAAAAUCAGAAUUGUAAUGACACCACAGGAACCAACAACACAAAAACUAGCAAGGUUUCAUCUAAAACUAGCUUGCAAAAGCAAACCAAACCAUUCAGAACUCCAGAGUCUAAUAUACUUCCAAAGACACCUGAUUCUAGUGGGAUGAAAACUGCAUAUGAUUUACUUCACUCAGAAAGUGAAGGCUCUACAUCCAAAUCACCUGCCUUUUCUUUUCUUACUGGCUUUACAUCAAAAUCACCUGGAUUUAAUUUCUUUGAUUCUUCUGCAUUUGGAGCUGAAAUUUCCCCGAACAGACCAAGCGGCGAUAGCUGUUCUGCUGGAAAUUUGCAUCCCAUUUCACCAUACAAAGAUAUUGGAGAUUUAUUUGGGAAAAUGGACAAUGAGGAUUCAUUUGCAUUUUCCUUUCCAUCAAACUCUUCUGCUAAAGUUUCCCAAGAUGACUUCAGGUUUCCCUUUGCUUUUGGUUCAGCCCAGUCUGCCUCUCCAAAAGGCUUCCAGGCUUCCUCAGAAAACAGAAAGUCAUUUUCACUUUUUUGA